AAACUAAGAAAUUUAUGAACUGCAUAUCAUGGUUUCAGAACACUAUCAAUUUGGUACAAUUUUUCUUUGAGGGCAUAAGGCUGGCUGGGCCUCGUCUGACCCAUCUGAUAUCUCUUUCAAAACAUCAGAUUCAGUUAGCAUAUGGUUCUAAGAGAGAGAAAGUCUUCAACUUUUCUCUUCCUCAAAAAGAAAGUCUUCAACUUUAGUCGCAGUUAGAACAAAAAAAGGAAAACAAUAAAUCACGAAAGACUGCUGUCUGGUUAUGGCGGAACUCGCAGCCAACUUCUUAGAAAAUGAUGAUAAUCAACUUGGAAGGGCUAAUUAUCUGAUGAAUAUGCACUAAAAUAUGACCAGAACGGGAUUAUCAUCUACUACGACCUUUAAUUCAAUCCCAUUUGCCAUACGGAAAUCUCUGCAAUGGGCUCAUGACAAGUUUUCCCAAUCAACCUCAUCCUUCUCAUUCCCUCCCAAGGGAUCCAGGGGACCCUCUAUUUUAGCCACAAAUCUCAUGAAGUCCUAUUUUGGCAAGGGUCUGAUUCGGGAGGCACGUAUCCUGUUUGAUGAAUUGCCUGACAAGGAUGUUAUUACAUGGACCGCCAUGAUUGCAGGCUACACUUCUUGCAACUACAACACCCAUGCAUGGAGUACCUUCUGUGAGAUGGUGAAGAAUGGAACAGACCCAAAUGAGUAUACCUUGUCGAAUGUGUUGAAGGCUUGUAAAGGCAUGAAGUAUCUUGCUUGUGGUGCUUUGGUUCAUGGGUUGGCUAUUAAACGUGGAAUGGUGGGGUCGUUGUACGUUGAAAAUGCUCUCAUGGACAUGUAUGCUACUUGUUGUGUUACCAUGGACAAUGCGUGUAUGAUUUUUGGAGAUAUUGAGGAGAAAACGGCUGUAUCGUGGACGACUUUCAUCACUGGCUACACUCAUAGAGGUGAUGGCUAUGGAGGUCUUCAAAUCUUCAGGCAAAUGUUGCUGGAGGAGGCAGAGUUAAACGUAUAUUGUUUUUCAAUUGCAGUUAGAGCUUGCAGUUCAAUUGGCUCUCUUACUAUUGGCAAGCAAUUGCAUGCAUCGGUUACCAAACAUGGGUUUGGAUGUAAUCUUCCUAUCAUGAAUUCUAUAUUAGACAUGUAUUGCAGGUGUGGUUAUUUCUCGGAUGUUAACCAAUACUUCCAAGAGAUGACGGAGAAAGAUUUGAUCACCUGGAACACUGUAAUUGCUGGAUAUGAGAGACUGGACAGUAGUGAAUCUCUCCGUAUAUUUUCGAAAAUGGAGUCAGAAGGUCUUAGUCCAAAUUGCUUCACAUUUACAAGUGUUACAGCUGCCUGUGCGAAUUUAGCUGCUCUAAGUUGUGGACAACAGGUCCAUGGAGGGAUUUUGUGCGGAGGCCUUGAUGGGAACUUGGCCUUGGCUAAUGCCUUGAUAGAUAUGUAUGCCAAGUGUGGAAGCAUUGAAGACUCCCACAAAAUUUUCAGUGAAAUGAUAGAAAGAGAUUUAUUAUCUUGGACUUCCAUGAUGAUUGGAUAUGGAGCCCAUGGAUAUGGAAUAGAGGCUGUUAAUUUAUUUGAAAAGAUGGUUAAGUCAGAUAUUAAACCUGAUCAUAUUGUGUUUGUGGCAAUUCUGAAUGCUUGCAGCCAUGCUGGACUAGUGGAUGAAGGCUUGAAGUAUUUGAAACUAAUGAUGAGUUAUUACAAUAUAAGGCCAGACAGAGAGAUAUAUGGUUGUGUUGUGGAUUUGCUAGGCCGUGCAGGGAGAGUUCAGGAGGCUUAUCAACUUAUAGAAAAUAUGCCCUUCAAGCCUGAUGAAUCUAUAUGGGGCGCCCUUCUUGGGGCUUGUAAAGAACAUAAGCUGACAUAUUUGGGCAAAAUGGCCGCUCUUAGGGUUUUAGAUUUGAGGCCUAAUAUGGGUGAAACUUAUGUUGUCCUUUCAAAUAUUUAUGCAGCUGAAGGAAAGUGGGGAGAGUUUGCAAAAACACGGAAGUUAAUGAGAGUAAUGGGGAACAAAAAAGAAGUUGGGAGGAGCUGGAUUGAAGUAAGAAACCAGAUUUAUAGUUUUGUUGUCGGUGAUAAGAUGGGUUCUCAUGUAAAGUGCGUGUAUGCAGUUUUAGGAUUGCUGAUACGGCAUAUGAAGGAGGUGGGUUACGUACCUGAUUUAGAUUGUUGGAUGCAUGACCUAGAAGAUGGAACUUGAAUAGAAGCUGGAGCUAAGGACUCGAGGAUAACUUCAUGUUUUAGGAUGAAUUUGAUUAGAGAAAAAGUGGUUGGUCAACGAAAAAUCAUAUGGAAUGUUCCGGAUGUAGAAUUCUUUUUGACCAAUCUCAUCCAACAAAAAAUCAUAUGGCUGACUACACAUCCAACCAGUUUGAAGAAGAGCAUAGUUUUCUACUUUAUUCAUUUAUGAUGAGACUUUUUCGUCACCACAUGAAAGGAUGACAAAGUUGGGUCUUAUUUGGAACCAGAAAAUAAAAUCUCAGUGUAGUGUGUAACUGCAGAAAUAUAAACUCCAUUUUCUCCUC